AUGAUACUAAAGAAAUUACUAUUGUCAUACCAAAAACUGAAAGAGAUUAUUUUGGCUAUUAUCAAGACAUGUAAAGAUAUCUUGACAAAAAUAAUUAUCAAAAUAUCAUUUCAUAGUCUUAAGCAAAAAAUUACCACUUAUAUAUAUUAUAAAAAGAUAGAUGUCGUCUUUGUAAGUAAAAAUACAACUCUGGGUGCUAUAGCACCACUACAGCGGAGAAAUAAAAAUAUUGGAAUUUUUUUCAAAAAAAUGAACUAG